CGAGAUGCGGAGCGGGGGCCCCGCUGAGGAACCCGUGGACCAAUCGCUGGCCGCUAAUAUCUCAGUGGGGGAGCGGAGCGCUGAGCGAGGAUGAGCCACUGCUGCUGGUCCUCGCCGCUGCCUCUCCAUCCUCCUCUGCGCUCUCCGGUCGGCGAGCUGUGGAAUAGGCGUGUUUCUCGUUCCUCCGACGCAGGAAGCAGAAAGAAGAAGAAAAAAAAACGCGGAGAAGAAAGCCUAACUUCAAGACUGACUGGCUCUGAUUUAUUGCGCCGUCCCCUUCUACGUAAAGACAUGGAGCACCUUUUUCUGAUGAGACUGUGGUGAGACCGGUGCAGCCCUGUCACGCCCACAGCGACCCCUUUCGGCCCGGGCGGCCCACCACGCCCCGGCGCCUAUGAAAGGGUACCAUGUCAGCCGCAGCAUGUCUCAGCAUUCCUCUGGAGGAGGCCCCUGCCACUGCACGCCGGACGACUGCGAUGGCCCAGGCAGGGACUACUACCACGGCCGUAGCGAUGGGCACUACUACUCGGGUGGUCCGACUGAGGCUCUGGCCCUGGAGAGGCAUCACUCCCACUCUCACCCGCACGCACACUCGCACUCCCAUAGCCACUCUGGCACCUUCCCCCGCUCCCACCCCAGCCAGCACCCGCCUCUCCAGUCGUUCGACUCCUGCGAGGAGUGCCUGUCUUCGGGCCACGGGGGAAAGAUGCAUCGGAUUCCUCCGAACCUAAUGGACCAGUUUGAGAAACAGGUUCCCUUCCACCCGGACGGCUUCCACACCCUGCAGUACCAACGCACGGCGAGCGGAGGGGCCGAGAACCGCAGCGAGAGCCCCUCUCGCAUUCGCCACUUGGUCAACUCCGUCCAGCGGCUUUUCGCCAAGUCCCACUCCCUUGAAGCGCCCACCAAAAGGGAGUACAACGGCAUGAGGGGCGGCGGGGAGUACCGGGGCGAGAGAGGAGGGGGCCACAGGAGCGGAGGGGAGGAGGUUCACUACUCAGGCCACCAGUCUCGCUCGACCAGGAGGAGCAAGUCGCGAGAGCGCAGCAAAAGCGGCGACUCUCGGCACGAGUCGGGGCGACGUCACCGCAGCCGGACGGCCGGCUGGUGGAGCUCCGACGACAACCUGGACAGCGACAGCAGCUUCUUGGUCAGCGGGGGCAGGCGGGGUUACCCCGCUGGACACGAGAGUCUGGACGCCGCCAUUCAGGAGCUCACCAUGAAGAAACCGAAGGAGCGCAGCGGAGGACCUGGAUCCGCCGAGUGCAUGGCCUGCACCACCAUGGCUCUGACCGGCGGCGAGGGCGGCGGCCACCACGGCCACCAUGGUCACUCGCUGAAGCGGAGCACCUGGUCGGCCAUGACAGUGAGUCAGGCCAGGGAGGUGUAUCCUUCCGCCAGGGGAGGAGGUUACGAUAAAGCACUGGUGCCCUUGGAGAACAAGCUGAAGGAGAGGUCAUUCCACUACCUGCAGGUCCCUUCAGAGGACUGGGGGGGCGGCGGCUACGGCGGAUCGGCCGACAGCGGCGGUGAGAUCCCGUGCCGCCGGAUGCGCAGCGGCAGCUACAUAAAGGCCAUGGGCGACGACGACAGCGCGGACUCGGAGACGAGCCCUAAAGCCUCGCCCAAAUCCACCCUGAUCGCCCAGAGGGACGCCUUCAGACGCUCCAUAAGCAUGGAUCAAAGGUACUCCUGUAAGCAGUGCACAGAUUCCUACCCGAACAACAGAACGGCACCCAAAACCCACACUCGCUCUCGCAGCUACACGCGCUCUCUGACCAGCUCGCAGCUGGGAGACACGUUGAACCAUCAGUUCGAGGCGGUGUGUGAGACCAUGUUCGGCGAGGUGGAGUCGCAGGCCGUCGAGGCCCUGGACCUCCCCGGCGUGUUCCGGACCCGCAGCCACAGCUACGUGCGCGCCAUCCAGGCGGGCUGCUCCCAGGACGACGACUGCCUCUCUGUCUUCUCCAUGUCCGGCCCCCAGGGGAGCAUCAAGGGCGGGGCCGUCUUUCCUUACCGUAAAGGUGCUCCCCCACCGCUCCCACCUCGCAUGUCCAAGUCUUCUCUCUCGGUGCGCGCCCAGAGCAGCACCGAGUCCACGCAGGACGCCUACUUCCAGAGCGGCGGACAAAUGGCUCCGGGCCCCGGGCGCCCCAAGCAGCACAGCAACUCCAUAGACCUCGGCGGCUCCGAGGGGCCCUCGGGACGCGCCUCCCGGGGGGGCUACUACACGUCCGGCGGGGCCGGGCGCUCCCGCCAGCACAGCAACUCGGCAGAGAGCCUGGACGGGGUGAGGGGUUCCAGGGAGCUGGUGCCCUACGGAGGGGGGCCCGGAGUGGGAGUCAGGGCAAAGCACAGCUGCUCAGCCGACAGCCUGCUGGAGGGGCCGCCACGGCCGGCGAGGGACCGGGACGGCCGGGUCGGCGGCGGCAGCCUGGGGAAGUCGUCCUCACUUCCUCAGAACAACAUGAUCGUGAGUAAGAUGGGCGGGCAGGACGACGGGCGCGGGGCCAGGAAGUGGAGGCCGUCCAUCGCCGUGCAGGUGGACAGCUCAGAGACUCUGUCCGAUUCCGAUACGGAGGGAAAAGCUCUCACCGAGGUUCACUCCAUAGGAGUCCAAGUGGAAGACGAGAAAAGGCGGGCUCGAUUCAAACGCUCCAACAGCGUGACGGCGAGCGUGCAGGCCGACCUGGACCCCGAGGGCUUCCUGGGGCUUAGCGUGGCUGUGCCAACACAGGACAAGAGUCUGCAGUUUGGCUGCUCCUUCCAGAGGCACUCGUCAGAGCCGGAGUCCGCGUCGCAGUACACAGAGUGCCACCGCACCGUCCACACGCAGGGCCAGUGGGCGUACAGAGAGGACCUCAUUCAGGGCAACUACACCGCCGAAGCUUGCCAAGUCGACACAAGGCCCCAUCAGCACCCACACCUGCCGCCGCGCUCCCACUCCCCUCUGCCCAUCACCGCGGAGCGCGCCUGGACGGCCACGCCGUCCCUGGAAGGCCCGCGCAGCCUUCCCGACUCGGGCCGGGCCUCGCCCUGCAUGAGGGACGGAGAGUUCUUCCUGCGCCUGCUGCAGACGGAGGUGGAGAGGAUGGAAGGCUGGUGCCAGAACAUGGAGAGGGAGGCGGAGGAGAAUGAGCUACCAGAGGAUGCUCUUGAGCUAAUUCGAAGCGCAGUUGGCAGCGCCCAGAUGCUCAUGUCUCAAAAGGUCCAGCAGUUCUUCCGCCUCUGUCAGCAAAGUAUUGACCCGUCCGCCUACCCCCAGCCCACGUCGCAGGACCUGGCGUCUUUCUGGGACCUGCUCCAGCUCAACAUAGAGGACGUAAGGGUUAGGUUUCAGGACCUCCAGAAGCUCAAGGACUCUGGGUGGAGGCUCCCACCCGAAAAGAAGGAGGAUAAGAAACUUCCUCCGCCCCUACCAAAGAAGCCGGCGGGCGGGGUGAGCGGCAGCCUCCGGGCCGAUAGCGUGGGAGACGGGGUCUCCGGGAGUGCCGGAGGAGGCCCGGCGGGGCUGGUGGUGCCCCGCGUUGGAGGGCACACCCUCCCCAUCAGGGAGAAGUCUCUAGACCUCGGAGACCGUCAGAGGACAGAGGCGCGAAGGAGGCUGCUGCAGACCAAGCGCACCGCCUCCUUCAGGCAAAACUCGGCCACCGAGAGCGCCGACAGUAUCGAGAUCUACAUCCCCGAAGCCCAGACUCGACUCUGAACCCGCGACGGCACUCGCUUCCCCCUCGCCCAACCUCCUGCGAGUCAUUGCUGUUUAUACGCUACGACCCACCGGCAAUUUUAGCACUUUCCAUCAACUUCUGUCAUCCUACAUUAUUACCUAACAAGCAAUGACAGCCAUUUUAGUGUCUUGAAAUUCAAACCACUUUACCGAGGCAGAGGCCUGGAGCCUGAGCGGCAUCUAGCUGAAGACGUUUAUACUUCCUUCUUAGUCUGAAUUUCUUUUAUUUAUUUAUAUAUACGUAUAUAUAAUCACUCUGGCUGAAACCAAGUCAGAAAUCUUUUGUAAAACUAGGCAGCAGAGGUUCACACAGUAGCAUGCCUGUGCGUGUUCACUUGGCACAAAAAAGGGCUUAACAGGCAGAAGACCUCUGAGGAAGUUCUCCCCUCCUCUCCCUCAUCCCCCAAACGCUUUUCGGAGUGAAACCGACUCCCACUUACGGGUUUUCGCCGAUAACAGCUCAGCCGAGCCGAGAUCUAUUGAUUUCUUGAGCAUCCCUGAGGAAAUGUCAAACAGAGUCCUUAGUCCCUCUUCCCGUCUGUCCACACAGGUACCAAGUCACAGAAUAUAGACCAAUUUCACGUCUCGCUCUGUCGAUGCUUUCGAACCACCUGUCCGUCGGCGUCGGACACCGAGGCUCUCCGGUUGUUGUUUGCCAAAAGGAGCUUCUUCAGUGUAGCAUCACAGACAACAAAAAAAAAAAAAAAACAUGAAGAAAAGAAAAAAAUCAAACUCUUUGUGUAUGUAGGAUCUGAAGUCUCAAGUACUGAGAAGAGGAGGGUUUGGAAUUAUUUCAGUGGCUUUUCUGGACUUACUUGAAGAUGCUCCUUCUCUUUUUCUUUUUUUUUACACUGUGAGUGUAGAGCACCGCCAAGUGGUCAAAAGAGAACCCCGCUUCAACAGCAGUGGUCUUUACAGUUUCUAUAUAUCUUAUUCAGGAACAAGUAAACACCCCAUUAAAACCCCUUAAUGAAACAGUCAUUGAAAUGGUCAGGACUGCUGUCUUCCCCUCCGAAACCCUUUUCUUUCUUUUGAAUAUUGCUAGGACAGACUUUACUAUUGUGUUUAUUCGUAACUAAACAUGGGUUUUUAUGUAACAGAAGAGCAGAUUUUUUGGCAAGAUUUUAAUCACCAAACUUCAUUUUGUUUCCCUGACGCCGUUGGCCAAACGAGGGACAAUUUCGUUUUGCCGGCAGAUAAAACGAGGCCUAACUGACCUUAAAAUAUCCUUCCAAAGAAUCACCAAGUCGAAUCAGAUUGGGAUUAUGUCCAAAAAAACCAAACAAAAAAAAAAGCGGUAUUUUAUAACUGUGCUGGGAAUGUGAAAUAUGUGAUACGUGUGGAGCUACGGCGCCGUGAACCUGUUCACCUUCUUUUCAAGUUACAACCACAAACUUCAGAGCAUGUUUGUGUGAUGAACCAGCAUCACGCCAGAGUGAAGUGUUUUAUUUGUAGAGAAAAUGUUCUAUUUUCUCAUCAUCUGGUCUGAAUUGAACAUGCAGGUUGUGUCAAACAGAAAACAGGACUCCUUGUUUUUGUUUCAAAUGCGUCUGUAUCAGCUGAAUCCUCUAUUUUUGGUGUCAAUUUCUCCCAACUCAGUUGCUGGUUUUCAUCCCCAAAAGCUGCCAGGAGCCUCUUGGCUGUGUCUCGGCUUGACGUUCUGCUUUUUUUUUUUUUUUUUUUUUACAUUUAUUAUGUGAAAACUUGAUAAAUGUGAAAACUGUUGCAUAAAAGCCCCAAAGCACAGAAGUUCACUGAGGUUUGUGGUUGUGACAUGACAAAAUGUGGAAAAGUUAGGGAAGCAUGAAUGGUUUUGCAAGGCUCUGUGUGUUUUUUUUAUUUGUUGUUUUUUUUUUCAUUAAUUUACCUACAGACACAGGUCUAAAUCAUUUUACAAAGUUAAAAUUUUUUGAAGGAUUCUUAUGAGAAACGCGUCCUUCUUGUGUUGGUGUUUUCUACGACUGUUGGUUCAUGUGUGAAUGCACCUGAAUACCUGCAUAUGAACGUCUGUGUGAAUCCCAGUAAAUACUAAAGAGUCCAAAUGUAUGGAGGAGAGAGACGACGAAAUGUCAGAAUUUGUAAGCAUGAAGUGUUCUUUCUUUCCUUUAAUUUUGGUUGGAAAAUGUUGGAAAUGUGGGAUAUUUUAUUGGAAAAUGUAUAUUUUAUAAUAUAAACUACAUUUCUAGAUCAGUAGAGAUUAUCCAGUACAGUCCAUGUACAAAGAUCAUAUAUCAAAUGUGAAACACUGCAGUAUUGUUACGAUAGAUCAUAGCUGUGUGGCAUAUCCAGACUGAGUCCAUGUGAAGACGACUUUCAAACGGCUCUUAUUAUCUUGAAAUUGUGAGUCAGGUUCACAGGGUAUCUCUGGUAGGAAUGGUGGUUGCCUUCCUUAGGCCUACUUAAAUAUUUGUGUGUGGUUCUCACAACUUGUACUGCUUUCCCCCUUUUCCUCCCUGUAUCUCCUGUUUAGAACCAACUACAUGUGCCUAACCAGCUAUGUGUGGAGGUUUCCUUUGAACACAGUUUACACUUUGAAUAUAUACAUAAAUAUAUAGAGAGAGAACAGAGAGAGGGAGAUGUAUAUAGAAAUGUAUCAAAUUUGCAGAGUAUUGUUGGAGAAUUAGUUUUUUUUUUUUUGACUUCCUGAAUCUCCCUCAUGUUGCAAUACACACCCGCGACUCUGGCACACUUUGUCGAUAUGGACCACUGCAUGCUUUCUGAUGGCCUCCUCUGAACAAUUUAGCGGAGUCUCACUUUGGAGAAGAAACACGUAUUUUGUAGCCUUCGAAUCUUUUUUCUUCUGUGUGACUGGCGCAAGGGGUGAAAAAAGCAAUUGCUGGGGUUUUACAAUGCCGUUAUUUCGACGAAUCACACGUUUGUACAAUUCUGUCCUUUUAGAGACAAUGAUACGGAUAUCCUUGGAAAUACCAACCGGUGUUUUGCUUUUUGGACUUCAGCAGGUGAAUCUUAACAACCUCCAUGUACAAACGAGGUGCCCCGGCAUUGAAAACGACGAGGAACGCGAGUUGCAAAGCCGCCUUCUCUCUUCUUUUUUUUUUUGCGUCCCUUCCUGCGUCCGACACCGCUAAAACUUGAUGACAUCCGAGCGGUGCCUGUCGCAGGCCCUCGUCAAACGAAGCACAAAGAACUGCUCUACUACUGUUAUGCCACUGUGACGGACUCUUGACCCCACCCUCACGAUCCUCAGUCCUACAUGCGAGGGGGCGGCAAAGUCUCUGGAUCACACAAGUUGCCCUUGGAGGACACUGGGGUUUAAAGAGGCUUUUGUUGGAUUUUUAUCCGCAGUAGCAACCACGACUACGCUUUCAUUCGUGCUGACUUUCUUCUCUCUAAGUUCUGCAAGUUGAGGCGUCAACCAGCCACAUCUUGCCUUGAAAUAGGUCCAUAGCAAACACAGUUUUUGUGGUUGUGAUUUCCAUUUUAUUUAUUUAUUUAUUUAUUUUGUUCUAUAUGACGUAUCUAUCAUAACAGCAUCGUACACAUCACAGUUCCUGGUUGUGUUGUAACACUAUCUCAGCACUGACAAAAACACAGCAAUCAAACUAUCUUAAGCCUUUCUUCCCACAUGGCCAGAUCAAAUCUGAGUACCUCAGUUUUUAGCAAGUGUCCCUCUGUCCUCAGGGGAUUUCCUAAACCCACCGUAAGACCCUAAUAACACGAGGCUACGUUUAUCCUCGCAGGAGUGUCGCUAAUAUUCUCGAGACGGGGAGAAGGAAGAGAAAAAAAACUGUCUUCGCUGCUUGAGCCCAGAUUCACUGUUAGCCAUUUCUUUCCCCAAGACCAGGAAACAGCGGGAGUCUGCAUGGCGGCAGAGGCAGCAGCUUAAUUGUAGCCGAUUUGUGGGUGUGCUGCAUACUGUGCUUCUGGAACAAAGCCAAGCUGGAGGCCUGUGGUAGCAGCAGAUUUGAGUUUUAGUUGACAUUACUGUAAGGCAGAGCUGCUCUGGAGUUUGAAGCUAGCUUACGUAUGUCUGUGGUGGGGCGGGGGCUAGCUAGCCCUGGGCGCUAGCUAACCAUGUUCAUGCUAAGUUAAAGAGACUUCACUGUCAAAAAGAAAGUUUUAUAAACUAAUAGUAUGCUUAGUUUUCAAUCACUGCAUUUAACCAACUGUCAUCAACAGGACAUGUUGUGAUGGGAGUUGCUAAAGCUAGUGGUAGCAUUGCUUUCAGUGAAACACAUAGGAUUUAAAAAGUUCUGUUUGUUCUCCAAAGUAGAAAUAUUAAAAACUUAUAUUAGGGGUGGGGGAGAAGAAAAAUCAACUGGAACACCCAAUGAAGUCAGAUUUGUUAGCUGGAAAGUAGUGAUCCUCCUCACCCAGAUCAAUUUAAUAUUCAAUAUGGCUGCCAAGGGUUAAAAACGUAUAAUAGUAGCAGUCUGUUUCUUUGCUACGUUAACAAAUCUGUGGUAUGGACUUUCCUUAGCGAAACUUUAAUGAAGCAUAAUUUAUUUACUAUCAAACGUUUAUAUAAAAUUAGCUUGGUGUGUUUACUCUUUGAAUGUUCUGUUCAAAGAGCUAGAAGGCUUAAGAAAUGUAAAGUUUGAUUUUUUUAGAUGCAUGCUCUACAAAUUCCACUUUUAACCAGCGCUGUCCUGUAUCGAACCAGCAAUUAACUUGUGACAACUAUGUAACCAGCUAAUGAUAGCAUAUGGGCAGCUUUUGUAGCCCAUUUACUAUCGAAGCGGGUCAUUAUCUAAAUGUAGUUUGGGCAGUAAUUACACAGCAAACAUGAAAAGCUUUCUGACUUGCAACUGUAACACGGUCAACUCUAUUGCGAGGUCCUAAUCAGAUCUACAUUUUACAGAACUUGAAAGCACUUUGCUACCACUGGUGACUAAUGCUAGCAAUUGUAGCCUUGAGGGUUAAUGUAAUUGACAACCAACAGAAAAUAUGACUGAUAAUUAGUGAAGAAUCAAUUCAAGUGUCAAAUUUCCACAUCUUUUAGAAUUUCAGAUUUCUCUCAUUCAUUGAUUUUUGCUGGCACCCAUAUGCAUAGUCAUGGCUGGAAACUUGUUUAAUAUUCAAAUUACAUGUGGGGAUCCUGAAGGUGCUUAUCUACGUCAGAAAAUCAUCCAUAAUUGCACAUAAGUAUCAUCUUCAGUGACUCCGGCGUGUGCAAGCAGAACUUUGUGUUCGGCAUGUUAUUGGCAGACCGCACCAUGGGCAGGGAGUUAAUUACAGACCGUAAACGUCUUCAGUUGCUAUUGCUGAAAAUCACCGAGCAUAAUUAGGAUCACUCUGAUUUAAUAAGAAACUUAAUGCUUUAAUUCACACUGUGGCCGAACUUCUUUAAUAAUAAAACGUGCUUGGUGGGUCUUGCUUAUGGUUUACUCCGCCCGCCCCCCUUCUCUGUUGCUCCAGAACAGGUCAGACUCGAGCAGAUGUUCAACUGAAACUCCAAUGUGCCUUUAGCACUGAGGUGUAAUUCUGUUUGUACGUGUACAUGUGUGCAUAUGUAUUAACGCUGUAAUGUGGAUUUACAGGACACACACAGCUAACCACGAGGGUAAGAGACAACUGAGCAAUUACUGUGUAAUUAUCAACAAAAUAUAUAUAUAUAUAUCGAUACCCUAACUUUGCCAUGUUUACAAAGUGUAAAUACUUGUUAUCAAUAGACAUUGCUUAUCUUAAAAUUGCAUUUAUUGUUAUUAGAAUAUAAUUAAUAUGAUUACUGUCAUUAAAAGUUUUAAUUAGUGCCAUUACGAUCAUUAUUAAUACAGUGUUGUUGAAUAUAGCUAUGAGUAAAAUGUUCUGUAGGCUGACCAAGGGCAAGUCACGUGUAUAGCAACAAAAAUAUAUAAAUAUAUAGUUUAUUCUAUGUUCUGUUCAAUAAAUCGCUGCUAUUAAAGGGGAUGGAGCAGAAGAAGAGAAAGUUGAUUAACUCUGGGAAGACACCUCCUCUCCCCCCUGGGCUCAAUGACGCACACUCCACCCGAGAGGGGAGGAUUUGCCGAAGGAAGUAAGCUUUGGGAGCGGACUGUCCUAACAAUAGAACCUCUUUCUUUGUGUGUUUUUACUCCACUUUGAACUCUCAGUGCCAGCAAGAGGAGGAAAUCAAACGAUGGAGACACUUCACUCGUUACUCAACUCUAUAAUGUAGCAAAGGCAACAACAGCCCUUGGUUCUCGACUCCCUCCUCGUCUUUCUUGUGUUAUCGGUGACCACUCUGAUUUAGAGCGAGUUUCAGCAUGGGUUCACUCGUUUUAUAUAUAUCAUCAACUCUGUGCCAAGACAGCAUAUUGUACAUACAAGUGUUAAUUUUGGGGUUUUGUUCUUCUUCUAUGACUCCAGCAGAGCAAUAGAGUCACAACGGACUGUAAAUGUCGUUACGCCACCAAGUGGUCACCCACAUGUGUGGCACAAGAACGCACCAGGAAGUGUUGUCUGAAUUCAGUCUGAAGGCAGGGGGAAGUAGUGUGAACAAUGCUCCAGUUCAGUUUUUUUUUUCUCCUCCUUCCGUUCUGUACAUACACGUUUAUUUCUUGCUCUCAUGUUUUUAUGGGUCUAAAUGUGUCCAAACCGAAGCACGUUUGAUGGCGCCGAACCCGGAGAGAUGGCACACUGUGACGUGGUUUACUCCCAACACAGAAUGUAACACUAUCAACAUUGUCUGAACAUUUUCUAAUGGCUAAUAUUAUUACUAUCAAUAUUAUUAUUAUUAUAAAGCUAUUUUAGCGAGUUAAACGAG